CGCGAAACCUCGCGCCAAGGCUCACUCUCCCCAUCGUGUUCACUUCCAAUUUCUCCUCUUGCAGUCCGUCCUCUAGCCUUAGCUCUGUUGUCCAGCGCCGUAAGGGCAGGGGAGCGGCAUGUGAUGCGAUACGAUGCCUCGAUCUCAAUGAAGUACGCUACAAUUCGGGAACGCACUUCGUUACACGUGCCUUUCGUCUCCUGUUGAUUACAUACGUUAUCCUGAUUGCACGUCCAAGCAAGAAGUUUCAUAAAACGGGACGUAGUUGACAGUUAACCCUCCCCGCGCGUCCGCUGAAGCAGAAACGCGAGUCGGCUCGUUCGUCUGUCAUCGGAGCGCGAGCAAGCAUGGGCCCGGUGCAGGAGGAGGAGAUUAAAGCGGCCUUCGAUCGGCGCGCAGAUGGAUUCAAGCAGCAGGCCGACACGAUGACGCUCAAGUCGGUGCGGUUGGCGCUGGAGGGCGACAUGGGGCUGGCGGCGGGCGCGCUGAACGCGCACAAGGACCUCGUGCGCCGCCUCGUGGACGGGCUGUUCUCUAGCCAGGAGGUUGACGGCGAGGCAGGGAACGAGAGCGGCGAGACGGGGGGCAAAGGCGAUAGGGAGGUGGGCGGUGGGGCUAAGACGGCAAAGACGGGCAAGAAAGCUGCUGAGAAGGAUGAGCGGAGAGAUAAAGCAAUGGAUAAAGGGCGCAAGGCGAAGGAGAAGAAGGAGGUGGAGGGAGACGAGGGACGGGAUGCAGACGGGAAUGAGGGGGAUGGGGAGGAGGAAGGGAAGGAGGGGAGUGAGGAGGAAGGUGAGAACGGUGCGAGAGUGGGGGACGAGGAGAUGGCGGGGGGGAGGGACGGGGAGGAGGAGGAGAAGGAGGAAGAAGAGGAGGAGGGGGAAGAGGAGGAGGAGGUAGAAGAGGAGAAGCCGAGGAAAGGGAAGAAGAAACGAGCGAGAGGGCGUGGGGGCAGCCGAGAGGAGGAGGAGCAGGAGGAGGAGGAGGAGGAGGAGCAGGAGGAGGAGGAGGAGGAGGGUGGUUUGUCAGAAGAGGUGGAGUAUGAAGACAGUGAGGAGGAGGAGAGGAGGAAGAAGAAGGGGAAGAAGAGGAAGGAGAAGCGUGCAGUGGGAAAGAGCAGGCGUGGGGGGGAUGAUGAUGAAGAGGAGGAGGAGGAAAAGGAGGGUAGCAGUGGAGUGGACGAGAGGGAAAGGCGCAAGUCUAGCGGGAGAAGCAGUAGCAGUAGCAAGUCGAGAAAGGAGCCACCAGCGGCAGCACCGCGCAGUGCCGCAGUGGAGCGACUCAAGAAGGUCUUCCAAGCAUGUGGCCUCAGGGUGCCUCCCAACGUGUACACGAAGGCACGGCAGACAGCAGGCGAGGCAGCGAGCGCGGGGCAGCACGAGGCAGCGCUGGUGAGGGAGCUGGAGUCGCUGCUGGACCGAGAAGGGCUCUCCUGCAACCCCUCAGAGAAAGAGAUCAAGGCGUUCAGGCGGCGUAAGGACAAGGCGAGAGAGCUGGAGGGGAUCGAUGUGAGCAACAUAGUGGAUGAGCCCCGCGGCCGCCGCUCCUCCCGCCCCGCCUCCUUCGCUCCCCCCCCACCACCGCCCCGGCCCUCUUCUAAGCCGAAAAAGGGCGAUGGAGAGAGUGAGGGCGGGAAAGAGGAGGAUGAGGAUGAGGAUGAGGAUGAGGAGCAUGAUGAGGACGAGGAGGAAGAGGAGGAUGAGGAGGAAAAUGAUUCAGAAGACUUCGAGCCCGACGAUGACGACGACGAUGACUAGAAUUAUUCUGGACUACCCCCCUCUCUUACUGGCUUACCUACUCUGCAUCUCACAGCACAAGAGCUACCGCUUGGCACCUCGUGCAUCCAACCUCUACAUAACCCCCCAGCCUACCCUCGACUCUACCCCUCACAUUCACGUGCCGGGGAAACGGAUGUAGGCUGCAUCCGUGCUGCACUGCUUCUAGUGUCUGCCCCCAGCCUGGUGGUGGCGACUAGUGGUGGUAUUGUUGAAAGAGCUGAGAAGCUAGCUAGGCAUGGGAAUGGCGAGAGGUUUUAGCUAGGGAGAAAAGUGAGGAGAGAAAAGAGAAUUGGACCAGAAGAGAGGGAUACAAGAAGGGUGUUGUACCCUCUACAGUAGGAUCCAUAGGACACCUAACACUUGUUGGAAAUAUCCCGAGGACUUCAGCGUUUCUGAAGUGCAAACACCACACUCGAGGAAGAUCGUAACGGGUAUGCGAGUCAGCGGAGGUUACAUGAGGGGAUG